UGAUAUUAUCGAAAAUAUAUAUAAAUAUCAGCUAAUUUUGAUUCUUUAGUUUAAUUAAUGACUUUGUCUGCGAUAUAAGUAUGCGAUAUUGGUUGAUGACAAGGUAUUUAUAAAACACAAUCGUACUUUUCUGCCCCCUGUGAUUGCUUUGGGGAUCUCUGCUAGACGUAAAAAUACUUUACUUCGCUAAGGCCAAGUAAAAAAAUUCCCAGUUUCUCAUCAGGGCCCGCGUUAGGAAAUAGCCGCCGCAUUUGUAUUUUUUUUUAUUUUAAAAUAAUUGAUAACAUGAAAUAUUUAGCGGUGGGUGCGCCAACUUCAUGGUUUUUUUUUAUAAAUACUAUAUUUUAAAUAAAUUUUUAUAUCUAAGUUCUGUUGUUAAAAAAUAACUGGUUGUUUAAUAUAAAAAAUAAAAAUAAAAACCGCCCGCCGCAUUUGCAUUUUAAAAAACGUCUGAUGAGAAACCGGGAAUUUUUUUUACUUGGCCUAUUAAAGAGACAUGUACACGUUUGUUAAUUAUGGCCAAGGGCUGGUGUUCUGACCAGGGGGUACAAAUUUCAAAAUCAGAAAAAAGUGGGGGGUAUGUUUUUAGAGUCGAUGAAAAAUGGGGGGGGGUACAGUUUUAGUUCUAGCAAUUUCAUACAUUGCUUGACUAAUUUGUACCAUACAAAGAAAAUAUUGGGCAAAAAUAAAAGAAAUUUCUAGAUUAGCAGAAAAUACUAUUAAAUCAAAACAAAAUAUUUUGAUAAAUUCAAAAAACCGAAACAUCAAGCAAAUUAUUUUUAAAUGAAAAAUAUACAAAUAUAAUCUCGACUCCAGACCAUAGAUUUUAAAGUAUGGACAAAUGUGUAACUUCAGUAAAAAAGUCCCAUGGAUAUGGUCGCCAUCUUCCUAGCAAGUGUUGCUCGUGUGAUUAUUCGUCAUUUGGUAGUCAUUGCUUUCGAAAAUGCUUUCAACACCUUUUCUAUAAGACUACAACUUUAAUUAGCCUUUUCAUGCCGCCAUUUUUGGGUGGCUUUUCAGCCGAAGUUUGCGAGAUAAGUCCACAUAACAGCGAGUUUAUAUAAUUUUUUGGACGAAUGAUGGUAAAUUUGCUUUGUAAAUGGAAUGGUUAGUUUAUCUUAAUAAUAAAUUGCUUUUCACAUUGUUAUAAUUGUUUGCAUUUGGUUUUAACAAAAAUUAGAUGGAAAGGCUAAUUGCUUUCAACAACUUUAAUUAAACAUUCAACAAAUGAUGCUCUUGAUUGUUUAAUCCAUAAAUUUCGAUCCCAAAAGCCGCAAUAAUAUUUAAUAAUAUAAUAUAAAACAUGUUUUAAAAACGUAAAACUGUGUGCGCGGCCUGGGACCAAGCAUAGACAAUCCAGACAUGAAGAAUGUCUUCUGGAUUGUCUAUGGACCAAGGAAAUGAUUGUCAGGGGGGGGGGGUACAGUACAGCUUAGAGAUCACAUGCUACCCUUGUGCGGUAAAAACCCAGUGUAAAAAUCUAGGAAUGGUAAAAACACUCGGCUUAUCCAUCGUGUUUCACAUGCAAGUAGUUUUCCAGGAUCUUUACCCGGUAUCUAACUGCCGGUCGAUUGUAUUUUCCAGCCUUUUUACCUUCUGUGCUUUUUAUCAUGUUCAGAUGUUCAACAAGAUUCUACCGGUGAGUUUAUAUGGCCUUAUUCUACAGAGUAGAUACGCGGAGAUACAUAUCUACCCUUGUGCUUAUGGCGUAGGUUAUUGCAUAAGCAAGCUAGAGUGACACUGGUAUGACGUCAUUUUGUUUCGUCGUGUGGACAUCAUAGAGAUUAUAAAUAACAUGUUAUUACAGUUAAUAACAUGUGUUAUUUAUAAUCUCUAUGGUGGACAUCGAUUAUCGGAUAAAAACAUGAAAAUGUGACACACGCUAGAAAAUUUGUAGCUAAAAGGUUUUCCCUUUGCAUUUAAGCCCCAUUUUUGCUGUAAUUGUGUUUUCUAUCGAAUAUAAAACUCAUUCAGUUGGAGUAUAAAGGUCUAUAAAAUGCGAGGAAUGUAACGAAUGUUGAAUGAAAAAAGCGGGAAAAAUAAUUCAUGCUCUGGUGACUGUUGCUGUGGUAGCACGUGCGUCGCGCAUGUUUAUUACGUGAUAAGUGAAUGUGACCCAGUGAGCUCACUCGCCACAGGCAGCACUCUUGAAUAAGCUGCAGUAUAAAAUUAAAAGCUCCACAGAACACGAAACAGUGCCUGGUACUGCCUAAAAGACGACCAGAUAUCUAGUACUUAAUAUAAUUAUUUUUUUGUAUAAAGUCUUAUAACGUUUUAUUUUUACGGGCGAUUCGAAAGCGUACAAAAAUGCCAACGAACACGCGAAAAUAUUUAGACACGCUCACGAAGGAUCAACUGAAGGAAAUUUGGAGGACGGCUGACGCUGUUUGCUUUGAUGUGGACAGCACGAUAGUUCAAGAAGAAGGUAUUGAUGAAUUGGCAGAGUUUUGUGGAGUUGGCGAAGCCGUUAAACAGUGGUAAGGCAAGAUGUGCAGGGUCUGUAAAUUACAUGAUGAAUUGGCCAUUGAUCAUUGAUGAGCAAUGAGCAUGAAGUCCUAUCAAAAUAAAUUACCUGUUCAUAAUAUUUAUCGUUUAAAAACUUCCUCCUAGACUUAUUGGUUUGAAUAAAGCUUGAUAAAAUUUAAGAUAGCAGUUCUUUUUCACACCUUUAGGAAGGUUAACCUUAUAUUUUUAAAGUUUAGCUAUAUAAAAAUUGUAGUAUUCCAUCGUGUUUACAUAUAUUCAAGCGUCAUGCUGAUAAGUUGAUAAUAUUUAUGAGAUAAACCAUUCAAUAUUUCUGCCCUUUGACCGAAAUAUGAUACGAUAAACGUGACUUGUAAGAGACCACCCAAUAAGUGGGUUUAAUAUUAUAAAUCUCCUCGUAAAAUUUGAGGAUAUAUUAUAUAUAUGGUUUAGUAUAGUAUGCAUCAAUGGCACUUAAUUUCUGGGUUGUGGGCAGGGUCACUUGAAAAGCAAUAUAUAAGUGGCAUGAUUUGUGAUUAGAACAAGGCAUUCUUUUUGUCAGCUUGAUAGUUAAAUAGUUGCUCAGUAACUGCACGUCAGUGCUGAUAAUGUGUUGACGCACUGACUUUUUUUCUACUAAACAGGACAUGAUUUAAUUUACCGAGGCUAGCAAUUAAUGUUGGUAGCCUACUAGUCUACCAUAUACGUGAGGCCCUGUGUGGAUAAAUUCUGUCAACAUUCCUUGAAGUGGCGACAUAUAGAAACUAGGACAGCAACACUUGACCUAAGCCUAAAUUGUGACAGCGACAUGAAAAGAUUGGAAACAACAAUGAAAUUUGGAACUUCUGAACAAUUACUUUUAAAAAUUAAAUGAAUGACGUACCCUCCCUAAGAGAGCCCUAUACAUCCUUGACCCAUUAAAGCCACAUUUCUUCCUAAUGUAGCUUUUUUAAUGCAAGAUGAUAUUAGUUGUCAUCAAGGGGAGAUUGCUGCCACUCAAUUGGUUAAUGAGUUGUUCUAGAAAAGAUCAAUACUCCUCUACAGAGGAAAUUUCUGAGGGGAAAAAAUCUACUUCCAAUAAUAGUAAAAUGUACUAUAAUCUUUCAAGGGAGCAAUACUUUCCACUUCCACAAAGUCUGGUUUUCGUAUUUGUUGUAACUGUCAUAAAGAUAGAGUUAUGAUCUUUCUCAACAGCCAGAUUAUAAUACUUUCUACCUGUAAACCACAUAUAAAUCACAAAUAUUUGCUAUAAUUUUAUAAUAUAAUCACUCUGCCUAUUAUCAGUGUUUUAAAACUGCUGUUUUUUCAGCUGUUGAGAAAGAUUGUGACUCAAUCUUACAACCAUAUAUAUGGAAACCUGCAAACUUAAGGGAGCUACAGACAGAGUAUACAUAUUUCCUGGAAUGAUUCAUUCCAUACCCAAUACCAAAAUAUUUAAAGAUGAUGUCUGCACAUCAGUUCUGCUCAUAAAGGGGGACCCCGAGAUAUAAACAUUGCCCAAAUUUUGCAUCUUUGAAACGUAGAGUUUAUAUUCAUUUACAAGUAUAGCGAACCAGAAAUGUGUUAAUAUAUCAUAUUUUACAAAUAUAGCAGUUCAAAACGUAAACAAAGUUCGCGCACAUGUGCACAGGAGCAGGUUAAGGUUAAUUUAAGGUGGUUUACCGCCACGAGACAAUAUUCAUUGAUUUUCUAUCUUGAAUAUUUUCACUUGAUAUGACAGGACAAUUCAAGCCAUGGGAGGAAACAUAAGAUUUAGAACAGCACUUGAAACAAGACUAAACAUGUGUAAUCUAACUCUAGAACAGGUGGGUACUCCAUAAAUAGCUAUGAUUUACUUCUUGCCAUUCUCUUUAUAGUACUCUAGUAACUCUACUGAAAAUGAUUUCAGAAAUUUGCUGUAUUAUCUUAUAUUUAAUGAUGUUGAUCUAUUAUAUUUAGCUGGAACGAUAUAAGAAAGAAAAGCCGCUAACGUUAACAGCUGGAAUAAAGUAAGUGGGGGCAAUGUAUAUAAUGCAUCUUUGCCAUAACUUGAAAAAUCUGCACUAAUGUGAGAAAUAUUCCAAAAUCUGCAUGCCUAAUCAAUGUUAUAUAGUUAGCCACUAACCCUUACCCCUUGCAACCCCCCUCACCCCCUAGUGUCUGCACCUGUUGUUAUAUGGUGUGUGGUAACAUCAAUUUGGCACAUAGAUUUGUUAAAGUUGCUUGUCUUGAUUUAUACCAUCAUGUCUAACUGACUAACUGUUUCACUGUAUCUUUUACAGGGAGUUAAUUGGACAUUUACAUUCUGAGAAGAUUCCAGUAUUUUUAAUCAGUGGAGGUUUUCGACAGUUAAACGUGCCUCUAGCGCACAGGUUGAACAUUCCUUCGGAAAACGUGUUUUCUGUGGAGCUUUUAUUUGAUAGUGAUGGUAAGGAAAGAUUUAUUGACACAAUACAUUGUUGUUUGAGGGAUAGACAUUGUACUGAGUAUUCUUUUGUUUGAAGGUCGAUACCAUGGGUUCAAUAAGAAUAAUCCAACAUCCGAUUCUGGUGGAAAAACUAAAGUAGUUCAUCGUCUCAAGGACAAAUAUGGUUUUAAAAGGUACAGUUGAACACCUUUAGAGAUGCAACCUGUCUGAUUCUGAUCGGCUGAAUCUGAGUAACCAAUUGGCACACUGGCUGACUGCCUGUCUGGGUAACUAACUAAUUUAUUGUCCAGCUUGUUAAUAGAUAGUUAAUUGUUAAAGCAUUUCAUUUAGAUUGAUUAUGAUUGGCGAUGGUGCCACAGAUAUGGAGACCUGUCCACCAGCAGUAAGUUUUUGUUGGAUACAUUAUUGCUUGAGUGACUUUAUUUAUACUAGUCAUCACAGUUGUAUCAGUUCUAAACUGUUCUCCAUCAUCCCUUGUUAGUCUAGUGUUACUAAAUGUACAAGAGGAAACCUAAGCUGAACUUACUUUAUUUUAACUGGAUAGCUUUAUCAGUUCCAAACUGUUCUCCCUAGAGGUCCAGUAAGGAUCAUCUCUUAUUGAUCCAGUGUUACUACAGGAGGGAGCCUAAACUAAACUAACUUUAUACUGGAUAGCUCUAUCAGUCCUAAACUAAACUAACUUUAUACUGGAUAGCUCUAUCAGUUUUAAGCUGUUCCAGUAAGGGUAAUCUCUUAUUGAUCCAGUUUUUACCUAAAAGAAGGAAACCUAAACUAUGCUGGAUAAGCUCUGUCAGUUCUAAAUUGUUCCAUUAAGAGUCAUCUCAGGACAUCUCUUAUUGCUACAGUGUUACUAGAGAAGGAAACAAGGGAUGUUUCUGUCAGAAACACUGAUUCUUUGAGUCAAUUUAAGUCUUUACUAAGGUCACAUACCAUAUAACUAUUCUUAGUUGUACUUACUAGAUACAGUUAAUUAUUUGUUUCUUUAUGUCGUGACGUUGUAUAUUAAUUGUAUAUAUUUAUAUAAGUAAAUUUUGUUAAUGAUUGUAUCAUGCAGGACCCCACUGAAAAACACAUUAGUGAUGUGGGUAUCCUGGAUAAAUAUAAUUAUAAAUAAAUAAAUAAAAAACUGGACUACCUGGAGAAAAUCUGUGGUAACUGGAAGCAUUCUCCAUGCAACUGAACCACAACUGCAUACUGCAGGAACUGAACCUGACAGACUCUCACAAUGAAACAAUAACACAUGAAGUAACAAUAGUAACAAUAACACGUGUGCGACCAACAUCCUGAACAAAUUUUUUUAUUCUCUUAUCUAAGGAUGGAUUUAUUGGAUUUGGCGGCAAUGUUAUACGAGAUAAAGUGAGGGAACACUCACCAUGGUUUGUGACCAGCUUUCAGGAGCUUCUAGAUGAACUUAAAGUCUCGAAUUGAACAUUUUAUAAGGUCAGAGUUUACUGAAAAUUUUCUUAGCCAUAUUUCUGUCAAGAGUGUUGUAGGUGUUGUUUGUGGGUUUUGAAUUUUAAUGUGUUGGUUGGCUGUUACAGAUUAAUUUAAUAUGAGAGGGAUAAUGUUGUACAAGGAGAAAAGAUGCCUUUAUAAAGAUAUUUUAUAAAGUAUGUCUCGUAUGUGGAAAAUGAUACUAUAUCUUAUGUACAGUAUAGUUAUUUAUUAGUUUGAGAAUUUAAUUCAAUAGUUUUAUCGAAUUGAGAAUUAUAUACAUUGUACAGUAGUUUGCAUUAGAAAUUUAACAUAUGUUGUACUGGAAGACUAUUGAAGUCUGAGUAUUAAAUGUAUUGUGAAACUAUGUAAAGCGUUAUAGCCUGGUAUUUUAUGGAACUGGAAAAACACUCACUAUAUUUAUUAAGUGCAUCAUCAUACAUGUAUGUCAUAUUAAUUUAUUUAGUAUACAUUACUGAAAGCCCAUUUUUCAAAAGCAUAUACUAACAUUGUAUAUAUAUUACAGUAUAAAUAGCAUUGUAUCUACAAUAUAGCCAUGCCCUAGCCAAGUUCAUGACCAAUUGAAAGUUCUCAUACUAAACUAGUGAUAGAUUGUCCUUGCCUAAGACAGUUAUACUAUUACUGUAUUACAGCUUACAAGUUUUGCCAAGCCAUAUGUCCAUAUAACAUGAAUUUAGUAAUGUGUAUAAUAUCCUUAGCGGAUCAUUUCACAGUUUAUACGUAAACACAUGGUGUAGCACGUGCUCUUGUGCCAUUCAUGGCUGGCAGUUUUCGCCAAGUAGUAUCACCAAUCACGUAGUACUCUACUGUUUUAAGUUGUGUGAUGGAGGAAUAUCUACGAUACCUGGCAUCGUGAUAUUCAGUCGUAAUCUCACCUCCCAUAACCACGAUAACAUCACCCAUGAUCACAGCGGUACAGUUGCUUCUCUUCUCAAGCAUGGAGGGUAAACGUUUGCACUCCAGACUGUGGAUGUUGUACAUCAAUACAUCAUUCAACGGAUCCCAGUCGGAAUCACUGUUAUUCUGACCACCAAGGAUAAUUAUAUUAUCUUUGUAAGCGACAGUCGCCAUGUUAUAGACUGUAUAGGGCAAAGUAGUGAGAGUUGUCAUCUCGUUACUGGCUAUAUCAUAUCGCUCUAUUUGAUUUCCUGAAAACCCAAUGACAAAGAUUUCGUUACCGAAACAUUCCAGAGCACAUUUACUACGAUCGCGGUUUCUGUCGCCAUAAAUCCCAUCAUUGAGCUUUUCAAUAAGUACAGUUGAUUUCCACGGGCGCUCGAGCGAUGUUUCUUGCACUUGACGACCGAAGGUAAUAAUUCGAUUUUCAAACAGAACGCCAUUACGAUCGCCAUCUGGUAAACUACCUGGAAAAACAUUCGAGGUAAAACCAUUCUCACUUGGAUCCAAGAACUCGAUUCGAUUUGAAUCACCACCGCAAACCAUUAUUCUCUUCCCGUAAAGAAACGAAAAUGAUUUGCUAUACAGCGAGAAAAACAAACAGUCUUCAAUCAAAGUCCACGCUUUAGUAGACCAGUUGAAAACUUCAAGAGAUUGGUCAUGGAAAAUUAAGAUUUGCCCCUUGAUGACUCGACUACCGAACUGAAUGGUCGCAGAGCUGAAAUGACGUAGAGGAUUCUGUAGGUCUUUAAUGCUUUGGUCGUGGGUUUUCAGCUUUUUCGUCGUUUCACCUUGAGUGAGAACAAGUUUUUUCAACGAUUUGGUUACUUCAUCCAAACGUGACUUAACUUCGUUGAUCUCUUUUCGUAACGUACACUGGUGUUUUUCAUAAUCAACAUACACCAACUCUUCAUCACACGAUUCGCAGGUUAUCUUUCUAAACUUGCACUUUUGCGUCUCGUGGCUUUCUUUAUCACGUCUGUUCACCGUCUCUUUGCAGCCUUCGUUCGAGCAAACAACCGGAGCAUGACCACACGUCUGUUCAUGUAACAACAACUCUUCAACUUGAACAUUCUCCUCACAACCUCGAGAAACAUGACUGCAACGUGGUUUCUUCAACUGGGCAACGAUACCGAGAAUAAUACGAGACGGUGGUCGCAGCGUUUCAAGCGUCAGUUGCUCCAUACAAAGUGGACAUGUUUCGGAGUUUCCCAGAUGCUUCGUGACACACUUCCGACAAAAAUAAUGCUCGUUGUUUUGACAUUGAACUGGGUCAUGCAAAACCUCUAAGCAUAUUUUGCAGGAGAAAUUAUCCAUGAAGGAAGAACUGAGAUCGUUGUUGUUUUCAGCCAUGAUGGCAUAUUUGCGAAUGAACGAGGAAGCACGCUUCACUGCUUGAUAUAGGGUUUGCCACGGAGUUUGCUGGAUUCGGAGCUAUUGAUUGGCUAAAGUAUUGUCUAUGAUUUGACGACC